CAACCGAACAUCAAAGAUGGUACAAGCUGUUUCAGAAAAGAAAGGGACAGCAGAAUCAUGUGAAGUGCCCGCCACAUACACACACAUUCACUCACUCUCCUUCUCUCUCUCCCAACCAAUCACUUAAAUUCAACCAAAACACACCUUUUCUGAGAACUGUGCUGUUGUUCUGUUGUUGGGGUGUUGGCACCAAUUCGAGUUCAAUGGCAGCAACAGCUUCGAGGUUCAUCAAGUGUGUCACAGUUGGGGAUGGAGCUGUAGGCAAAACUAGCAUGCUCAUUUGCUAUACAAGCAACAAAUUCCCCACGGACUAUGUUCCAACAGUGUUUGAUAAUUUCAGUGCAAAUGUGGUUGUUGAAGGCACAACUGUCAAUUUAGGCCUCUGGGAUACUGCAGGUCAAGAGGAUUACAACAGGCUGAGGCCUUUGAGCUACAGGGGGGCAGAUGUCUUUGUCCUGGCUUUCUCUUUAGUUAGUCAUGCAAGCUACGAAAAUGUGUUGAAGAAGUGGGUUCCUGAACUGCAGCAUUUUGCUCCUGGCAUCCUGGUGCUAGUUGGCACCAAAUGUGGGGAUCUCCGAGAAGAUAAGCACUAUUUGGCCGAGCAUCCUGGCCUGGUGGCUGUGACUUCUGAGCAA